AUGCUCAUCAUCGGGCUGACCGGCUCGAUCGCCACCGGCAAAUCCACCGUCUCCUCCAUCCUAUCCUCCCCCCCAUACUCUCUCCCCAUCAUCGAUGCCGACAUUCUCGCCCGCAAAGUCGUCGAACCAGGCACAGUCGGCUACAAAGCUAUCGUCGAUUACUUCCACUCCACCACGCCUGAUCUCCUCCUCGAUGACACCUCCAAUCCUUCUCCACAUGGAAAACCCUUGAACCGGCCCGCGCUCGGCCGCCGAGUCUUCGGCGACUCGGAGGAGCGCAAACGAGACCGCCAGGUCCUUAAUCGAAUCGUCCACCCCGCCGUCCGAUGGGAAGUCUACAAAUCCUUGAUCUUCCACUAUCUACGCGGUCAGUGGGCCGUCGUCCUCGACGUACCGCUCCUCUUCGAGAGCGGGAUGGAUCUCAUCUGCGGCACCGUGAUUGUCGUGGGCGUUCACGAUCCCGCGAUUCAAAUGUCGAGACUUCGGGCGCGCGACGCCCACCUCACGGCCGAGGAUGCGGAGAAUCGUGUGCGCAGCCAGGGCGACGUAUCUACCAAGGCGGCACAGGCGGAGUUUAGAGGCACGUCGACGGCGCGAGGAGUCGUGGUUUGGAAUGAUGCGGACCGGACGGAGCUGGAGGCGGCGGUGAAACAGGCCAUGUCGCAUAUUGAGGGCUCGAGUCCGCGAUGGUGGGCGUGGACCUUGUUGCUGGCGCCGCCGUUGGGGGUUGGGGUUGCGGCGUGGAAUUUGAUGGUGAAUUUUGCGACGCAGAAGGGGUGGGAGAAGAAGAGGAGAGAGGAAAAGUCCAAGUUGUAG